AAGCGAUUGCAUAACAAAUCUAACCUAGAAAUCCACGUUGUUUACACUGAUUUAAAACUAAUGAUAAGAGUUUUGGUGAUGUGUUGACUUUUUACGGACUAUGUUCAUUAAAAAAAUGCAUUAAAAUUUAAAUGUCAACUAUUUUAAUUUUUUAAUUUUCCUUAUCGAACAAAUAUAAUUACAUUCUCUCGAAAUACACACAUAUACAUGUUAUUGACGGUUUUUGACAGUCGUGUACCACCUUCACCUGAUACUGGGCAACAACAUUUGUUAUGAUUUUAUUGAAGUUAAGGUAGGCAUUCUACAUAAUCCGUGUUAGAAAUAAAUCAUGUUUCGAAGUAAGUUUCGCCUUCAUACUUGCAAGAUAGUCAUAGCUACCUCAUUACUAUGGAUAUUCAUCGACAUUUUGAUACUGAUGUAUUACCCAGACUGCAUCGGUCCUAACUGCAAAUCGAACAAUAUUAAUGAACAAGAUGAGUCCUACGAAGAAGCAACUGCAGCUAGAAUGGGUUGGGGAUCCAUGCAAAAAAAUAUGCUCCAACGAUUCAAACAUUACAGUGACAAUACUACUUAUCCACCAUAUAUGCUCAAGCACUGGAAACCUAUGCCUCCAGUACGGGAAAAACAUGGAAGACCCGGUGAAGGAGGGCAGGGUGUCAUAAUAAAACCAGAACAAGAACUCAUUAUGAAAGAAAAGUUUAAAGAAAACCAGUUCAAUAUAAUGGCUAGUGAUAUGAUUUCAUUAAAUCGGUCUUUGAAAGAUGUUCGACAACCUGAUUGUAAAAAUAAAAAGUACCCUACUCUAAUGCCUACCACUUCUAUUGUUAUUGUAUUUCAUAAUGAAGCUUGGUCUACAUUGUUAAGAACUGUUUGGAGUGUCAUUAAUCGGUCACCUCGUGCACUUUUAAGGGAGAUUUUAUUAGUUGAUGAUGCUAGUGAAAGAGACUUUUUGGGACAAAAAUUAGAAGAUUAUGUAGCUACUCUACCUGUUGAAACUAAAGUAUUAAGAACGGUUAAACGUUCUGGAUUAAUCAGAGCUCGCUUACUAGGUGCUAAACAUGUGAAAGGCCAAAUAAUUACAUUUUUAGAUGCGCAUUGUGAAUGUGCUGAUGGUUGGCUAGAACCACUGUUAGCUAGAAUAGUAAUUAAUAGGAAAACUGUAGUCUGCCCAGUCAUUGAUGUAAUUUCUGAUGACACUUUUGAAUAUGUUACUGCAUCUGACAUGACUUGGGGAGGAUUUAAUUGGAAAUUGAACUUCAGAUGGUAUCGAGUUCCACAAAGAGAAAUGGUAAGACGUAAAAACGAUCGCACAGCACCACUAAGAACUCCAACUAUGGCUGGUGGACUAUUUUCAAUUGACAAAGACUAUUUUUAUGAAAUAGGUUCUUAUGAUGAAGGAAUGGAUAUUUGGGGUGGUGAAAAUCUUGAAAUGUCCUUCCGUAUUUGGAUGUGUGGUGGCACUCUGGAAAUAUCGCCAUGUUCACAUGUUGGCCAUGUUUUUCGAAAAUCCACACCAUAUACAUUCCCAGGUGGUACUUCACACAUAGUCAAUCACAACAAUGCUCGCCUUGCUGAAGUUUGGAUGGAUGAUUGGAAACAUUUUUACUACGCCAUUAAUCCAGGUGCAUCUAGUGUAGAAGUAGGAGAUGUAUCAGAUCGUUUAGCAUUACGAACAAAAUUGCAAUGCAAACCAUUCCGUUGGUAUCUCGAAAAUAUUUAUCCAGAAUCACAGAUGCCAUUGGAUUAUUAUUAUUUAGGAGAAAUAAAAAAUGUUGAAUCGAUGCAGUGUUUAGAUACAAUGGCACGUAAAAGCGGUGAAAAAGUUGGCAUGAGUUUUUGUCAUGGUCUUGGAGGAAAUCAAGUAUUUGCGUACACGAAACGUGCACAAAUAAUGUCUGACGAUAACUGUUUGGAUUCAGCCAACAUGUUAGGACCAGUUAAUUUAGUUAGAUGUCACGGUCUUGAAGGUAAUCAAGCGUGGGUAUAUGAUACCAAGACGUUAACCAUAAAGCAUAGGACUACAGAACAGUGUCUUGAACAUUCUAAUGCUGAACAAUAUACUGCCAUUUUAAGUGAUUGUGAUGGAUCACCUACCCAACAGUGGACAAUGAAGAGUAGUUUCCACUGGCAAGCAGCUAGCUCAAGCUCAAGUUAACAUUUACUUUAUAGUAAUGCUAUAUUUGUAAUUGAAUGUUAUUUGAUAUUAAUUAGUAUAUAUAUAGUUAUAUAUAUAUUAUUAUGUCGUAAGGGAUCAAAAUAUUUUCUACUGAACAAAAUACUACUUAAAAAGUAUAGAAGCAAAGCAUCACCAGUUAUUGAUCAAUCUAUCAAUCCAUGACAGUUUAUUUUUUUAAUUAGUUAAAAUCUAAAAGCCAUAAAUCAAAUUUUUUUAUAUAAAGUUUUAUUCAAUUUACAAUGUUACUUAAAAAGAAAAAAAUAUAAUUUAGUGAUUGUUUAUGUCUUAAUGGAAAUUUGGUGAAAAUAAACACUUGUGAUAUUUACAAAUGAUUUAGGUUAUCGUAAUUAUUACUUUGUAAAAAUAAAUAUAUAUUUACUUCAUUAAAUAAUUAUAUAGAUUAUAAGAAUCGUCUUAUGCAAUAUGCAUACAUAAAUUAAGUACAUUACUAGCUAAUUCACAUAAAGACACAAAUUUCACACAUAACUCAACAUGUUAACACACAAUUUUAGACAAAUAGUUUUUUGCUAUAUUUAUAUCAUUGUUUGCUUACAAAAUUUUGAAUGAUUAGUAUGUCUCAGAAUAUCAAUUAUUACCUCUUUAUCUAACAUGUUUAUAACCCUUUACAAUUUUGAUAUUAUUAUAAUAGAAAUUAUUAAAAUAUUAUUAAUAAUUGUUUUUAUACUAUUCUGAUCUGAUUUUACACAAGAUCUGAUGUUUGUAUUGUAAUUUUUUAACACAUAAAAUUACUAGUUGAACAGAGUUAUCAUAGUUGGUGUAUUCUGAAAUAUUCAAUACUAUUGUACAUGCAAUCGAGCAAAUUUAUUUUUACACACAAAAAAUCAAAGACAAAAGUAUUGCUGAUUUUAUGGAAGUUUCCAACAUUUUUUUAAUUACUUAAUUAACAAUAUUACCAAUGUGUUUUAAGUUAUAAUUGUAUAAAUAAUAUUUCAGUUAUAAAUAGUAAAGAAAUUAUAGUGUUUUUAUCCACACACGUGUAUAUCUAAAAUGAUAUUUAUUAAAAUGUGAAUGGCCAUUUUAAGCUUUUAUCCGUCCUCUUUAAAUCAUAUUAUUAUUUUUUAAAAAUUGUAUUAAACUAAGUAAACUAACCCACUUAAACUAUAAUAAUUGUAAAAUAUGGAAAAAGAGUAUUUUUGUAAAAAUAAUU